UUAAAUGGAUUAUCCAUUUGGGGUUUUGAGAUAAAAUUAUUGACAUACUAUAAAUCAACACCAAUCAUACAAUUUGUCAAGUGAGGAUCCUUGUUUAUUGAAUAGGAUUUUGAUUUAAUUUCGCUGUUACAAUAACAUCCGAUUAUUAUGCUGUUUAUCUUUUACUUAAUCGUAGGGAAAAUGUCUAUUGUCGAAAAAUGACGAGUUUUAACUAAAAAAUUGUCAUUUAAAUCGAAAUAUGGUUUACUUUACACCAUGGCCUAAUUUACAUAAAAGCGUGUUUAGGCCAUGGUGUCGAAAUUUUGUCAAUAAUCGUAUGUCACAGAAGUGGUCUAUUGUAUGUUUAUCAGUUUCUAUGGCAACGAGCCGUGGCGGUAAACCACACCUCGCUCAGGAGACCCAGUUCUGACGCCAGUGUGCACUGUAGAGCGUGCGAUCUUUUGUUAGGAACUACUCCCGAAUGUGAUCUAUGAAAGAUAAAUACCAGUUUAGACACGUUUGUGGCAGGGCUUACUGUUAAUUUUUAUGUGAAAUGUAUAUUCUAAAAAUUAAACUGCCAUAAAAUUAUUUAAGGAACUUCUUUUAAAACUUUGUGCUCUAGGAAGUUGUGUCAAUGAACUCAAUUUUUAUUUUUAAAUCGGUCACUUAGAAACAUGUACACUUUGAUAACAGUUUGAUUAAUUCCUCUUAAUGAUGGCUGUUAGGAGGAUUAGGAGUGUGUUACAAACAGUUUUGUGGUUGCUAGCAGCAGCCAAGGUGGUGACCGCGGGGAUAUCUUGCCUCAGUAGCCCUUGCUUACAUGGUAUAUGUAUAGAUGACGUCAACACUACAUACGCAUGUUAUUGCGUGGACGGAUACACUGGGGUGCAGUGUCAAACUAACUGGGAUGAAUGUUGGUCGAGCCCGUGCCAAAAUGGAGGAACUUGUAUCGAUGGUAUAGCUUCCUACAACUGCUCGUGCCCUGAUGGAUUUAUUGGCGACUACUGUGAGACAAACUACAAUGAAUGCGAAUCGAAUCCUUGCCUCAACAACGGCACCUGCAUAGACAUGAACAACGGCUACCUCUGCUCCUGUAUCCCAGGCUUCUCAGGAGAACAUUGUGAGAUGGACGAAGCCGUCUGCAACUCUACCGAAGAAGUCCGCUGUUAUAACGGAGGUCAAUGUAUUGAGGGGCCAGGGUUUAAAUUCUAUUGCAGAUGCAUGCCCGGUUGGGCCGGACCAAAAUGUGAAGACCAGAUUGACGAAUGUGAAUCAAAUCCAUGUCAGAAUGGCGGCGUAUGCAUCGAUGUGCACGCGGACUACAUGUGCGCUUGCGCAUUUGGUUUCACUGGAAAAAGUUGUGAAGUUGAAAUAGAAUUCUGCGAUGAAAAUUCAUGUAGCAACAAUGCAUUAUGCGUCGUAGAAGAUGGCGCAAGAGUAUGUUAUUGUGUGCCUGACUUCCAUGGGGAGAGGUGCGAGUUGCAAUACGAUGAAUGUUUACUAGGGCCCAGAUGUAUGAAUGGUGGCACAUGUAUUGAUGGUGUUGAUAAUUUCACUUGCUCCUGUCCUCCAAAACUCACCGGACCUUUGUGCGAAUGCCUCAUCCUCGAUGAUGAAUCUUACGACUGUGAAUACGUCAGUCCAACGCCUCAAACUAGUUCCACUCAGUCCGUUCUGACAACUCUGAUAGAAGAAACUACGUCAGCGAAACCUUUUACAGAAAUAUCGACAUCUGUAACAUAUGUUUCUUUUAAUGAAACAACUACAAUUGUAACUACUGAAGGAGAAUUAGUUCCGACAACUGCCACUAGUACUGAUUUAGAGCCUGGAACUACAAUAGCAACAGAAGAAACUACAGUUAAGGAAACAGAUAUAACUGAUAUAACUAUAUCUAGUGAAGGGACAGCCACUAGUGAAUCUACAACGAGUAAAGCUGAAGUAUCACAACCAACUGAACAUGAAGAAACGAGACCAACAAUUGAAUCAGAUAACGCUAAAACUGACGCAACCACUGAGUGUCAAGGGACUUGUAAUGGUACUUUUACUAGACUGCCAACGUCUACUGAAGUAGACUUCCCAACAACGUCUACGGAAACUACGAAAUUUUAUCCCCCAACAAUUUUCCCUACCAAAGAAACGAUAGAAGAAUCUACUAUAACUACAUCUGGAACUACACCUGAAGUUAUACCAGACAUGACGAGUACACCUAAAGUCGAUGUUAGCACUGAUAAAAUGUUCACUGACAUUCCCACCGAUCAUCCGAUUACUGAUUCUCCAGUGGGAUAUUCGUCAACUACUGAAGGAACGGAAUUAACCAGUGGAUUUGACACAGACCAUACCCAUGUGUACACAACUGUGUCAUCAGAAUGUACUGAUAAUUUGUGUAAUGACCACGGAAGCUGUAUUAACACCCCUCACGGUAUUCGGUGCCACUGCAACUUCAACUACGCAGGAAGAUUUUGCGAAGAAAAAAUAUUAAUAACAUCAGCAGCUUUCGGAGGCAACUCCUUCAUAUCACAUAAACUAAAGAAUGCUUCGUCUAUCGACAUAGCAUUUAAUGCUAAAACGUUGAUAACUGACGGUGAAAUAAUGCACGUGGAUAUUGCUAAAGGAGUUUAUAUGCAACUCUACAUGAACUCUGGACUGUUGAAGUUUAAAUUUUCAUGUGGAUAUCAAACGAUGCUUUUGAGCGAAUUAAAAACUUUCGUCAAUAAGGGAUACCCCAUGAAAAUUGAGACAAGAUUAGACUUAUACCAGAAAGAGCAACAUUGCAAUGCGACACUUCGUCUGAAUGACACAGUGGCUAUGAGUGGUGGGCAAGUAGCCAACAUUACUUCCCUCGAUCACAACUCCACCCUGCGAUUGGGGAACUCCAGAAAUGGCAAAGAAGAUGAGCACAAACCAUUUAUUGGAUGCAUUACAGAUUUAAUUGUAAAUGGUGAGAAACGCGAGAUCUUUAGUGAUGCGAUCGACGCUGGCGAAGUGACGGAGUGUUUGUCCCUGUCAUGUCUAUCUGCGCCCUGUCUUAACGGCGGCUCCUGCAGUGACCAUCACGAUAACGGAUACAUUUGCUCUUGUGCUAACGGCUGGCUGGGAGAGCAUUGUAACGAGUCCGUGUGUGAGAACAAUCCGUGCCAGUCUGGUGGGAGCUGCGUGCGUCACCCCGGCAGCGGGUUCCUCUGCCUCUGCCCGUAUGGGAAACACGGCAUUUUCUGCGAAUAUAAUGUAGAAAUAACCCGUCCAUCCUUAGCACCUAUCAGCACUGGAGUGUCCUCCUACAUAAUGUACGCUUUAUCCUCGGCGGCCAUGAACUCCGAUCGUUUCGAUCUGCGACUGCGCUUCCAGACUACCGACAUGGAUCAAAUUGCACUUUUAGCAUUUAUAGGCCAAAGUGGAAGACACGACUCUAGGAGCCAACACCUAGCCUUGACCUUUGUCAAGGGAUAUGUAAUGCUAACUUGGAACAUGGGAAGCGGCCCUCGUCGUGUGUUCACGUCUCGUGCUCUGAGUCCGCGUCGUGGCGGGCACGCGGUGCGCGUGUGGCGCCGCGGACGGUCCGCCGGCCUCAGCGUGGACGGCAGACAUAAUGUAUCAGGAAAUGCCCCCGCUCACAGCACCAAGAUGACUCUACUUCCGUAUAUUUUCAUUGGGGGUCAUCCAUCGUUCGAGUUCUCUGAGCUUCCCCAUGACUUGCCGCUGCACAGCGGCUGGCGCGGCUGCGUGUGGGAGGUGGGCGGCCAGGCGGUGGGCGCCGGCGCUCGUGCUGCCGGCGGGAGAGGCGUCGGCCAGUGUGGGGUGGCCCAGUGUACUGCCAAGUCCUGUAAUGCGCCUCGAGGAGUGUGUCUACACUCGCCUGCUACUUAUGGCUGUAUUUGCAACGAGGGCUGGUUCGGAGCUACUUGCUCCAGUAGCCACAACCCUUGCGACCGAACUCACUCUAAAUGCCAAGGACAGUGCGUCAUCACGGCCGACAGUAACACGCAGUGCGACUGUCCCUAUGGGAAAACUGGAAUAUACUGUGAACAAGACUUGAUCCCCACUGAUGUCCUGUUCACCGGCAUCCGAUCGUACUUGAAGCUGCACCCUUGCUCCAUAUCAAGCGUCAGCCUCUCCUUGGAAGCAGAAGUCAAACCGGGGAAGGAACGAGGCCUGCUGGUCUUUGUGGAGACUCCACAUUUCUAUACCGCUCUGUCACUACAAGGAGGCUUGUUGGAAUAUCGAUGGACAGAUCGACUAUCAGGAGUAACUUCGUUAGUCCGCAGUGGUGUCGUGGUAUCUAUGUCGCAGUGGCACAGCGUGAAGGCUGGCCGCUACGGCAGCCGUCUCUAUGUGUGGGUGGAUGGCGCUCUCAGUACUGAAGCCAUGCUGGCCCAUGCUUAUCCUCAUACGGCAGGAAAUGCUUCCAUACUUCUGGGGGGAGCUAAAGAUUUGUCCUCCUUGCCAUUCGACGCGAUGUCUGGACCUCCAGCACCUUUCACCGGAUGUAUAAAAAACUUGCAUGUCAACAAUGUCCUACUGCCUUUGGAACCACAAAAUAUUCAAGGUAAAAUCUUUCAUUACUAUUUUGUUUUUAAAUCAUGACAAAAAUAACUCCUCUUUGCCUAAUAGCGUACAUAAGUAGGUUACGGUAGGUAGUAGUUUUGAUUUGAAACUGUCUAAACUAAUCAUAUGACUACCGACCACAAAGAUGCUCUUCA